GCAAAACAUUGAAGUCGUGAGCAGUGAAACCAUAAUGGAACAUAAGUACAAGAAGAGUAAGGAAUAUUUUGGAAGUUUGGGAGAUUUAGAAAGUGAUUGGGUAGAAAAUACUAAGUCAGAAUUCAAAGACGGUACAGCAUAUCUAGAAUGGUUAGAGCGACAACUUCCAUAUCUAGAGGAAUUUGAAUCCAGUGACGCGGUUCAUUACUACUUUUUCCGGAGCUGGAGCAAACAGGGAUCAUACUUUCCCGAGAUGGAACCUUUAAUUGAAAAGGAAACUGAAGAGGGAGAUAGUGUAAGUUUGACAGAUGACGAUGCUGAUGGAGCAGUGAAGGAAACGAAAGAGGUGUGGGAAAAUGGAACCAAGCCGGAAUUCAGAGACGGGAAACAACUCGUGGAGUGGCUUGAAAGAAAAUUGCCGUAUCUGGAGCCAUUUGCUCCCGAUGACGCUGUACAUUACUAUUUCAACAGACAGUGGAGUCGGCAGAAAUCUGAACUUAAACUCGAGAUUUUAGUUGAGGUAGACGAUGAAGACGAGAUUGAAGCAGGCAAUCAUAGAGAUGACAAUAGCUUAGAGGACAAAGAUGACAGAAAUCCUUACAUCAAAAUGAUGGCAAGCCCUUUGGUUCUGGAAGGAUUUAAUCUUAAGAAAUCUGAGUCUCAUGGAGAUGACACCCAAAGAAAUGCUACUAAGAAGGACACGCUUAUGCUGCAGUUUACAAAUGGUGGCGAUUCUCCGUUUGGUGAUAAAAUGUUAAGCAGUGUCAAGAUAGCAAAAAUCCAAUCUAAGCUCCACCCAUUUCUACAGAAGAAAGAACCUAAGUACAAGAAGAGUAAGGAAUAUUUUGGAAGUUUGGGAGAUUUAGAAAGUGAUUGGGUAGACAAUACUAGGUCAGAAUUUAAAGACGAUACAGCAUACCUAGAAUGGUUGGAACGACAACUUCCAUAUCUAGAGGAAUUUGAAUCCAGUGAUGCGGUUCAUUACUACUUUUUCCGGAGCUGGAGCAAACAGGGAUCAUACUUUCCCGAGAUGGAACCUUUAAUUGAAAAAGAAAUUGAAGAGGAAGAUGUAAGUUUGACAGACGACUAUGCUGAUAGAGCAAUGGAGGAAACUGAAAGGGUGUGGGCAAAUGGAACAAAGCCAGAAUUCAAAGACGGGAGACAACUCGUGGAAUGGCUGGAAAGAAAAUUAUCAUAUUUUGAGCCAUUUGCUCCCGAGGACGCUGUGCAUUACUAUUUCAACAGACAGUGUAGUCGGCAGAAAUCUGAACGUAAACUCGAGAAUUUAGUUGAGGAAGACGAUGAAGACGAGAAUGAAACUGUUGACCAGUGCAAGAAUAGUGAUGACAAAAACUUAGAGAACAAAGAUGACAGAAAUGCUUACAUCAAAAUGAUGGCGAGCCCGUUGGUUCUGGAUGGAUUUAAUUUUAAGAAAUCUGAGUCACAUGGAGAUGACACCCAAAGGAAUGCUAACAAGGAGAACGACACGCUUAUGAUGCAGUUAACCAAUGGAGACGAUUCUGUAAUUGGUGAUGAAAUGUUGAGCAGUGUCAGAAUAGCAAAGAUGCAAUCUAAGCUCCAUCCAUUUCUUCAGAAAAUUAAUAUGGGAAAGAGAGAUCAUUUCUCAAAUGAGAAGAAAGGAAAGAAAAUGAAGACCAGGAAGACGCUGUCUUCAUUUUUUCGUCGUGUGUUUGGCUGAAGUCUGAGACAUCUGUAAAAGAAACUAUAUAGACAGAGAAUUAUUGAAUUAUUAUUUAUAAGUUUUUGAAUUGUUGUAAUACAUAAUACCACCUGAUUGAACAUAAAGA